AAAAUAAUGCUAUCAAUCGUUAUCUGUAUAAUGAUAAAAUAAUAAACGAGGUAUUCAAAUAUUUAACAACUAAUACUUUAUGCGUUUUUUUAACUAUUAUUAGAUUAAAUAACACUAAGUCAUGGACAUAGGUGAACUAUUAGAUUAUAAGCCGGCUAACACUCCAAAGCGACCAUUACCUGAAGAAGAAGUUAAUCAAAUUCAAGAAAAUGAAUCAGAUUAUGAAAGACAAAAAAAAUUAAGACGUCUUGCAAAAGCUCGAGUUCAGCAAAUUGAAAAACAAGAGCAAGAACGAUUGAAAGCAGAACAGGAAAAAAUUGCUGAUGAAGAACGAAGGAAACUAGAACGACAAGAAAUGGUUCAAAAGUUAGUUGAUGAAAACUUAGGCGAUUCUAGUGAUGGAAUUCUAGAUGAAGGUGCUUUAAAGAAAAUGAUUUUAUUAUUUGAAAAAAAAGUUCUGAAAAAUCAAGAAAUGCGUAUUAAAUUUCCUGAAAAUCCUGAAAAGUUCAUGGAAUCAGAAAUUGAGUUACAUGAUAUUAUAACCGAAAUGCAUGCUAUUGCAACAGUGCCAGAUUUAUAUCCAGUUUUGGUAAAUUUAAAAGCAGUUUCUUCUCUAUUAGAAUUACUAUCGCAUGAAAAUACUGAUAUAGCUGUUGCAGUAGUCAAUUUAAUACAGGAGUUAACUGAUAUUGAUACACUUAAUGAAAAUGAAGAAGAAACUGAAAUAUUAAUAGAUGCAUUGCUUAGCAAACAAAUAUGUGCUUUAUUAGUUCAAAAUUUAGAGCGAAUGGAUGAAUCUGUUAAAGAAGAAGCAAAUGGUGUACACACUACAUUAGGCAUUUUUGAAAACAUUAUGGAACUAAGGCCAGAUGUUGUAAUUGAUGUUAGCAAGCAAGGACUUACUCAAUGGUUGUUAAAAAGAAUUAAAGCAAAGAUGCCUUAUGAUGGAAACAAAUUAUAUAGUAGUGAAAUAUUAUCAAUAGUAUUACAAAAUAAUGAAGAGAAUAGAGCAAUGGUUGGAGAACUUGGAGGUAUAGAUAUACUACUUCAACAAUUAGCUUAUUAUAAAAGGCAUGAUCCUGCAUCAUCUGAUGAACAGGAGAUGAUGGAAAAUUUAUUUGAUUGUUUGUGUUCCUGUCUCAUGAAUAAACAAAAUAGAGAUAGAUUUCUAAAAGGUGAAGGUCUUCAAUUGAUGAAUUUGAUUUUAAGAGAGAAGAAAUUAAGUAGAAAUGGUUCAUUGAAAGUAUUAAAUCAUGCUUUAUCAGGCCCUCAAGGAAAGGAAAAUUGUAACAAAUUUGUAGAUAUUUUAGGUCUUAGAACAAUAUUUCCUUUAUUUAUGAAAACACCAAAGAAAAAUAGAAAGAAGAUGCUAAGCACUGAGGAACAUGAAGAACAUGUUGUGUCAAUAAUUGCUAAUAUGUUGCGUAAUUGUCGAGGCACACAAAGACAACGUCUUCUAACAAAAUUUGCUGAAAAUGAUAUGGAAAAAGUUGAUAGACUAAUGGAGUUACACUUUAAGUAUAUGGAAAAAGUGGAAGAAAUUGAUGUAGAUAUUGAAGAAAAGAAUGAGGAAGAUGAGGAUGAACUAUAUCUUAAACGUUUAAAUGGGGGAUUAUUCAUUUUACAAUUAAUUGAUUAUAUUUUGUUGGAAGUUUGCAAUAGUGGACCCAGUAUUAAAAAAAGAGUAACACAUAUAUUGAACAUGAGAGGUGGUACUUUGAAGACCAUCAGACAAAUAAUGAGAGAAUAUGCUGGUAAUCUAGGUGAUGAUGGAGACAAAGAAUGGCAAGAACAAGAGCAACGUCAUAUUUUAAAAAUGGUGGACAAGUUGUAAUAUUACUAUAACUACUGUAUAUAAAAACUGUGUUUACUAAAAAUUAAUAAAUUAUAAUUUGCAUGUAAUUUUUAAUACUAUUAUAAAAAUAAAAUGUAUUCUUAACAAAA